AUGGCACUACCAAAUUUCCUCGUCCUAUGCAUAGACGACAAAGACAUCCAAACCCUGCACUCAACCCUCCAAAGAUUCUGGCCCACCCACUCCGAGUCCUUGAAUCUCACCACCAUCCACGAAAAUCUGCGGAACUUAUCCAACGACACUAAAUUCGACCUGAUGGUCUCCCCCGCAAACUCCUACGGGAUUCUAGACGGCGGCUUCGAUGACGCCAUAUCCCGCACUUUCUGCCUGCCGCAACAUGAUUAUCGCGCUUUGACGAAUGUCGCGCAGCAGAUAUUGUAUGAGAAAUGGCAUGGCUUUGCGCCUCCAGGAACAUGUACGUUGGUUAGUAUGCCGCGGGAAUUGAGGAAGACAAAUCGGUGGGGUUGUAAAGUCCUCGCGCUUUGUCCGACGAUGAGGACGCCUGGUGAUGCGCGCUGGGAUAGGGAGGUUGUUUAUGAGUGUGUGUGGAGUUUGAUGUGUGAGAUUGACCGGUGGAAUAAGAGUGUUAGCUCGAGUUCACAUGCUGAAAGUAAGAUUGAUACGAUACUAAUUACGCCGCUGGCUACGGGGACGGGAGGGGUGAGUAGGGAGAAAUGGGCCUUGCAGUUUGUGCUUGCUUUAAAGCAUUUUGUGGAUGCGCAGGAGAGACCUGAGAGAUGGAUUAGAUUGAGAUGGGAAGAUUUGAAAGAGGCUAAGGAGGUUGAGAGGUCGUGGCAGAUGUAA